GUCGUAAUGUAAAGAGUUAAGUGAGGUUGACUGCCAUUCAUUUAUUUCAUUUGUGUUUAAAAUGUGUCUAGCACUAUUUAAACUCCCUAACAAACACUACAGACAGUUGUUUUGCUGUGACCCUAUCACCUCGUGGGCGUUGAAGAAAAUUGUAACGCAGUUCCUAUUCGCAGGGCACGGACCAAUCAGGGUCUAACUAAUAACUUUUACACCGGACUGCUGGAACUGGUUGCCAAAGUUUCUGUGAGAAACAUCACUGACCCUUUAAGAAAGAGAAAACAGCCAUUUUAACAUACCGUAUUUUUUAUUAGUCAAACUUUUCAUCUUCCUUGCAAAGGAAAGACGAGACACAAGGAUGUAUACUACAGGACUAAACCCAUUUUAUGCUUCUAAUUUCAGUCUGUGGUCUGCGUAUUGUUCCAGCGGCUUUGCCUUGGAUUCAGUGAAGAAACCGUCGUUUUGCAUCGCUGAUAUAUUACAUGUUGGAGACUCUGAAAACAUUCUUGGAUCUUCAGCACUCGUAGCUCAUUUGGGACCCCAUCAUCAGCUCCAGCCGUCAGGAUCACCUCUACGCCCAUCUCCGGUGGCACCAGAGUCUUCGGUUUUUAGUUCAAGGAUGUCCCCAGCCUCUCCUUACCACAGGCACCCUGGACUUCAUGGAGCACACUCCACAUCUAUGGUGCAGUUAAACGGUUCUUCACCACAAGCACAAGCUCCUUCUAGCAAAGAUCUGAAAUUUGGCAUUGAUCGCAUUUUAUCUUCGGAAUUUGAUCCUAACGUUAAAGAAUGCACAACUCGAAGAGAUCUUACAUCCAUUAGCUCACAUUGUCAGCCAGGGCUUCAUCUGUCCAUACAGCCUUCAGCAAGCCAAUUCUUCGCGUCUUUAGAGCCUGGAAUUGGCGAACCUUCCUCCAUCAUGAACCAUUUAGGCAGCGGAGCAAGAUAUUCAGCUCAACACCAGUUUCAAGACACGUUCCCAGGGCCAUAUGCAGUUCUUACUAAAGACACAAUGCCUCAGACAUACAAAAGGAAACGGUCGUGGUCCAGGGCUGUCUUCUCCAACCUCCAGAGAAAAGGAUUAGAGAAAAGAUUUGAAAUCCAGAAGUAUGUCACCAAGCCAGACAGAAAACAACUAGCAGCGAUGCUGGGCCUAACAGACGCUCAAGUUAAAGUGUGGUUUCAGAACAGGAGAAUGAAGUGGAGGCAUUCCAAGGAAGCUCAGGCCCAAAAAGAGAAGGAAACGCCUGAGCAGCCUGAGAAGUCCCCAGUCUCUGCCGUCUUUGAGGAAGAACAGAAGCAGAAUGAUUCUGAAUGCGAGAGUGGAGGGAGCGACUCUGAGUUCGAGGACAUGCAUGACAAAGGUGACAUUGAAGUCACAGAAGACAACAAGACCAGUGUUAUCAAGUCCUCUUCGAGUACUGAUGAGGCAACACAGAGCACAGAGCCCAGUACAGAGACGAUGGCACGACCCUCAUCGCAAAUUGUAUUAUAAGUGCACCUUUUUAAAGACAUUAUAUAUAU